AUGCAAGAUACUAAGACUGUCGUCGAAGCUGCCAAAAAAUUGAUAGGAGAAGGCAACUCCAAAGAAGCAUUAAAGUUAUUGAAACCAUUCAAGAAAAAUUUGAAAUCUAAUGAUUUGGAAUUGAUUCAAGUUUUUGCAGAUGCAUAUCUAGAUGAAUCUAAUGUCGAGAAAGCUUAUCCUCUUUUGACAAGAUGCUGUGAAAUGGAUCCACAAGGUUUGAAGGGUGGAUCUGAGAAGUUUUUCACUUUAGGUCAAAUUACUGGUGGUCAAGAUGGUGUUAAUAUUUUGUUUCAAGGUAUUACAAAUGUCUCUCAAGAGGCUGGUGAUGUAAUCACCAAGGAACAAACCGAUAAAAUUGUGAAGGGUCUUUUAUCUAUGAUUGAAAUUUGGAUGACUGAUUUAUGUAUGGAACCUAAUGCUGAAAUGCAGUGCGAGGAAUUAAUUCAAAAGGCCUUGGAAAUAUCUGAUAAUAAAUCACCUGAAGCUCUAUCUAUGUUGGGUUCGAUUCGAAUCUCCCAACAAAGAUUCCCUGAGGCCUCUAAUGCAUUUCUAGAAGCUUGGAAGAAUUUCGAAUUGAAGAAACAAGAUAUUGAAGAAAAUCUACAAGAAGCAAGCUUAUCGUCCCACAAAGAAUAUAUAGAAUUACUACAACCUCUACUUUCAUUAGUGAAAAUGUGUAUCGAAAUGGGUUUAUAUGAAGUUUCAUUGAAGAUAAUCAGUGCUAUCAAAGAUAUCGAAGAAGAUAAUUUGGAAAAUUAUUAUUUGGAAGGUUUCUGUUAUUACCUAUUGUGUAAAUUAGAAAUGUUCAAAUCGCAUAACCCAGAAGUUGCUAUAACGGCUGAAAACAUUUAUGAAUUUAAUGAACAUUUCGAAGAAGUCGUAAUUGAUUUAACUUAUCCUGCAUUAACAGAUUUCAUCCAUGAAGCUCGUAUCGCAUUCAGUUUUGCUGCAAAGUCAGGUGAAAGCUGCGAUCCUGAUGAUGAAAUUGCUCAGGAAUUAUAUUCUGGUAGUUUAAGACUAUUAGAAAUAUUAGGGGGGCCAAUUGAUGACAGCGAAUUAUUAAGAUUAAAGAAAGGUGAAAACGUCGAAGAAGCUGACCUUCAAAUAGAAAUUGAAGAAGAUACAAAUGAGUAA